AUGGGAUUCCAGACAGCUCGUGGAGUCAGUUCCAACGAGAACGAAGGGAUGGUCCAUUCCAAGAGAGCCAUCGCUGCCCCAAGACAGGCACUGCGUGUUGUUUCCAACAGCGAGGUCAAUCGCCAGGUGCGUUUGAUAUCCAAGACGACUGUCGAGCCCGUCAAGGUUGACGAUGUUGCGACCUACGACGAGUACGACGACGAGACAGAGGACGAUAUGGCCGUGGAGGACGAAGAUACAAAACACACCCCGCAGUAUCUGACAGACGCAGAGUCUGACGAAGAGGAGGAAUUCCAGGUCAUGGAGGAGAAAGUUGAGCCCAUGUCCCCCAAAUGGGACCGCGAGAUCGAGGCCGAGCUGCGGUCUGUGGUGGGCAAGUUUUUCAGAGAAGAUCCAGACCCUAAAGACGAAGACACCUGGGACGUUUCCAUGGUGGCAGAGUACGGGCCUGAGAUAUUCAACUACAUGCGCGACCUGGAAAUAAAGUACGCUCCGUACCCGCAGUACGUUCCGGACGUUCAGUCGGAGAUCACGUGGGAGAACAGAGCCACUCUGAUGAACUGGAUCGUCCAGGCGCAUUCCCGAUUCAACUUGCUACCAGAAACGCUAUUUCUUGCGGUUAAUUUGAUCGACCGGUUUCUUUCCAAACGGGCGAUUUCAUUGUCGCGGUUCCAGCUUUGCGGAGCCAUUGCUUUAUUCAUUGCUGCCAAGUACGAAGAGAUCAACUGUCCUUCUGUGCAACAAAUGGCAUACGUUGUUUCCAACGACUACACGACAGAGGAGCUGCUCAAGGCAGAACGGUUCAUGGUGAACGAGCUCAACUUCGAGAUGGGGUACCCGGGCCCGAUGUCGUUCCUCAGACGCACCUCCAAGGCCGACGAUUACGACAGCGAGACCAGAACCCUGGCCAAAUACUUCCUGGAAAUCACCAUAAUGGACCCACGUUUCGUGUCGUCUCCUCCGAGCUGGCUAGCGGCAGGAGCCCAUUAUCUCGCGCGCAAGAUGCUUCACCAGGGCAAAUGGACAGAGGCUCACGUUUACUACAGUGGCUACUCAGAAACACAACUCAGACCUCUGGCGGACGUUCUGAUUGAUAACUGCAUCGAUUACAAAAACAACCACAAGGCCAUCUUCGACAAGUACUCCGAGCGUCGGUUCAAGCGCAGCGCUGUCUUUGUGCAAGAGUGCUUGCGCGAGUCGCUCCAGUACUGA